CCGUUUCGAAUGUUGGUUAUUCUUUCUCUUGUGAUAUAUGUAACCUCUUUUCUGUAUUACAGUUUAAGAAAUGAAGUAGUGGAUGAAUAUUGGUAAUAAUAAUUACAUGGUAGCACAUGUUAAAAACUGCAAGAAGCCAAGCUUAAAGAUUUGAUGAUUAUUUGAUUUCUAUCAAACCGUUCAUGACUCCUGACAGUAAAAAAAUGCAGAAGGUUGGAAAAUUGAAUUCGUCGAUUGAUAUCAUUCCGUUACAAGGAUGUAGCGGUGAUUCAAAAUCGAAACCAGUGAAUAAUAAACCGAAAGUUGAUUUUUCUCAUAGAGAUCUUCGGGAUCAGUUACUGAUUUCACGUGUACAAACGUAUAUGCAUGAAAAUGAAAAUAAAGUUUACAUUGAUGUUAAUGAAAUGGCAGAUACGUUGCAAAAGAAAUAUCGUGAUUAUCGUAUAAAAAAACGAGGCCCAUUUAGAGCUCUAGUACGCAAAGCAUACGACGAACUCACAGAAAUGUUUGCAAAAAAACAUUGUCCUUGUGAUUGGCCUGCUUAUGAGGAUGAAGAUGAUGAAGAAGACGUUGAUGUAGAGUCAGAUCCCCAAAAUACUAUGUUGGAUGGUAUGUUGUUGAAAAUGUAUAAAAAAUCACAGAACAAACAAAAUGGGAAUUCCAGUGACAAAGAAUUAAUAGACAUCAGCAGUGAUGAUGAUGCAAGUAAAGCAGAUUCAAAUACUUAUAAUAAGACGAAUGAAAGCAAACUGGUGAACCGACAGAUGAAACCAAAUCCAUCUUCACAUGUUGAAAAACCUAUACCUUCUAAAGACAUUGAACAGAGAAAAGCACCUACAAAAGAAGCACGGCAAACUGCAGCAGUUAGUACACCGAUUGAACAAUUUAAUAGGAAAAGGCAACGUGAUAAAGAGAUAGAUAACAAUCCAGUCGUCAAAAAGGCCAAAGGUGUGCCUGUGUCAGAACCAAAAGUUACAUUUACUGACAUAGGCGGUUGUGACAAAGUUUUAAAAACUGUAUGUAAACUACUUGCUCACAUGAAGCAUCCAGAAAUAUUUAAACAACUUGGUAUAUCACCACCGAGAGGAUUUUUACUUCAUGGUCCACCUGGAUGUGGCAAGACGCUACUGGCACAUGCUAUUGCAGGAGAAUUGGAGAUACCUUUACUAAAAGUUGCAGCACCUGAACUCGUGGCAGGAGUAUCAGGAGAAAGUGAAGCACGAAUUAGAGAUUUAUUUGAACAAGCACUAGCAGUUUCACCAUGUGUAAUUUUCAUAGAUGAAAUUGAUGCUGUUGCACCCCACAGAGCUACUGCUCAGAGGGAGAUGGAGAGAAGAAUUGUUGCUCAGUUAUUAUCAUGUUUAGAUGAAUUGAGUUUCAAACAAAAUGGCACUGGGGUAUUGGUACUUGGAGCUACAAAUCGCCCCGAUUCAUUAGAUCCUGCAUUAAGAAGAGCCGGCCGUUUUGAUCAUGAAGUGUGUCUUGGUAUACCAGAUAGAGAUGCAAGAACCAUCAUCUUAACCGUACAUACAGAGAAAGUAGCACUCGCUCCCAAUGUUAGUUUAACUACAAUAGCUUCGCUAACGCCAGGUUUCGUUGGAGCCGAUUUAGUGGCACUAAUUAGAGAAGCCGCUAUGGCAGCUGUGGAUAGGAUACUUGAAGAUGUAAACAGAUCUGAACCGAAUAUUAAAUCAUCGGAAGUGAAAGAAGCCGAACCGAAUGUUGAAAAGGAAAAUUUUGAAAAUACAGGUAAUUUAGAUGAAGAAGUAACUAUUGAAUCUCCUCUUUCGAAUCAAGAAGACAUCGCCAAAUUAAGCAAGGCUAACAAUGCUACAAGUCCUCAAGCGCUAGUCGAGAUGGAUGUGAUACCAGAAAAUUCAAAAUCGCCAGAUUUAGCAGCAUUACUCACUUGGUUACGUAAUGAUCCACCCCUUUCUUCAGAACGAUUAAAGAAUCUAUGUAUUGAACACAGUGAUUUUGAAACUGCUCUUCGCGUUAUUCAACCAUCAGCUAAAAGGGAAGGCUUUGCAACUGUACCUGAUGUUACAUGGGAUGAUGUUGGUUCCUUACGAGAUAUAAGAGAGGAAUUACAAAUGGCUAUACUGGGUCCAGUUCGACAUUCCGAACAUUUUACAGCCUUAGGAUUAACAGCACCUACUGGAGUAUUAUUAUGUGGUCCACCUGGAUGUGGCAAAACGCUAUUAGCCAAAGCGAUUGCAAAUGAAGCUGGUAUCAACUUUAUAUCUGUUAAGGGGCCAGAACUUUUAAAUAUGUACGUUGGUGAAAGUGAAAAAGCUGUUCGACAAUGUUUCAUGAGAGCGCGAAAUUCUGCACCGUGUGUUAUAUUUUUUGAUGAAUUGGAUGCUCUGUGUCCAAGGCGAUCGGAUGGCGAUAAUUCUGCUACGUCGCGUGUGGUUAAUCAAAUGCUUACAGAAAUGGAUGGAGUAGAAGAACGUCGAGGAGUAUUUUUAAUGGCUGCUAGUAAUAGACCUGAUAUUAUUGAUCCAGCAGUUUUGAGACCAGGAAGAUUAGAUAAAAUUUUGUAUGUAGAUUUGCCUACUGCAACAGAUCGUGUUGAUAUUUUAAGAGCACUAACAAAGAAUGCAACUAAACCAAAAUUAGCUGCGGAUGUAAACCUUGAACAAAUAGGAUUUAAUACAAAGUGUGAUGGCUAUACUGGAGCAGAUUUAGCAGCUUUAAUCAGAGAAGCCGGCAUAGAAGCAUUACGAGAAUUAAUGGAUAUACAUUAUUCAGGACAGCCAGAAAUCUCUAUGCGGCAUAUUUUAUCUGCAUUUGAUAAAAUAAGACCAUCUGUACAAGAAAAGGAUAUAAAACAUUAUGAAAAGCUGAAGAAGUUAUAUUCAAUUAAAAAGAAAUCUGAUGACUAUCCAAUGGAAACUCCAACAGAUACAGCUAUAGUAGACGUAGUUAUGGAACCUAUGGAAACGUGAAAUAAAAAUAUUACACAUGUGGCAAAUAAUCUAGUGUCCCACAUAAAGUGUUUCUUCUGGAAGCAGGAGCAUGGACAGACCAUCCAAAAUCUGCCAUUUUUAAUUCACCCUUCAUACCAAGUAAUAAGUUUUCAGGCUUAAUAUCACGGUGUAUGACUUUCUUGCUAUGACAAUAUUUUAGGGCAUCUGCCAACUGAGAUACAUAUGUAGCUGUCCUAAUUUCAUCAAAAUGUUUCUCUGGUUGUGAAUUUAAUUCUUUGAAUAACUCUCCAUUUGGAGCAUAUUCUAAAAUUAAGUAUACCCUUUUAUCGUCAUGAAAAUAGCCAAACAUUUUCAGUAUAUUUGGAUGUCUGUAUUAAAAAAUAAAUACCUGUUAAUAUUUGAAGGUAA